ACCUGGAAAUCAGUCAUCGACGGGGCUCCAGCCUACUGUACAGCGCUAACCAAACGUUAGCAAUGCGGACGGCGAAACGGGAAAUAAUACGCCUUUAUUAAUUUAUUUUUUAUAACCCGAUGUCUUGGGGCUUCAGUAGGGCUUUAAGACCGCGCGCCUUCAUCUUAUGACCAUUUUUUUUUUGGGGGGGGGUCUGUAAUCAGGAGAGAAACGGGAUAUAUCCUGAGCUGGGGCCCAUAGUGUCUGGAUAUUUCCCGAGAAAACGAUUACACUCAUCCGUGUUCCUCAGCCACAGUGUUAUGGAAUAGGAAAAAUAAAAGAAUGAAUGCUUGAUUUGAAGCUUUUUCUUUCGCCACCAACUAUUUUCUAGGUCUAUAUCUCCCUCCGGUUACCACGGCCCGUCUGCGGACUUGCUAUGGUGGACUCCAACGCGACGAGGAAGACUUUUGUAGUCCCGGACAUAAAACCUUUGGAUCUGUAUGAUUGUACCAGGGCAAAAAUAUGCGCAAGUGUGGGAUGGGUCUUGGCCAAAUCUUACGCCAAUGCAGAGCAUGUUCCAGUGGAGUUGCGGGAGCCCUUCUACUGUGACCAGUAUGAGCAGGAGCACCUGAAGCCCCCCGUCACACGCCUCCUGCUCUCCUCUGAACUCUACUGCCGCACCUAUGGUCUGCUGCAGGCGGACCAGGUGGGGUCAGGGGCCCCAAAAGACAACGCCACCCUGCUGCAGCUCCUCGCCAACAGGGGCGUGACCCCCAAAGAUCAAGACGUCCCCGUGACUGACGCGGACCUCCGGCAUAAACCAAUCAAAAUGAGUGCCCACCUGGCGGUGAUGGAUGCCCUGAUGUCGGUGGGCGCCAUGGAGACGGUGAGCGCAGUGAGGAUGUCCGGUGCGGCGACAGGGGAAGAGCUUCUGGGUGGAGUGGGAGGAGCCAGCUGGGAGAACACCCUGCUCCACUGGGUGAAUGGGUUGAAUCAGAGGCUGAGAGAGCAAACAGAGGGUGCACAGGGUGACCCGUCUCAGGACAGCACAGAGCCACAGCCUGUCCAGCCUUCUUGUCCCACUCGCUGGUACUGGAAACUUGUCCCUAUCCGCUACAGAAAGGACAAGAUGCUGUCUAAGCAGAAGCCUACAUUUCCGGUGGUGACUGAAGUCAAAGACCUCUCCAACGGUUGUGCCAUCGCUGCUGUUGUACACUACUACUGCCCCGGCCUGUUGCAGCUAGAGGAUGUGUGUAUGAAGGAGUCCAUGGCGGUGGAAGACAGCCUGUACAACCUGCAGCUGAUCCGAGAGUUCUGUGACAGCUGUCUGAAGAGCUGCUGCCCCCUAGUGUUGGAGGACCUGCUCUACUCCCCACAGGAGCUCCAGAUCAACAUGAUGAGUUUCCUAGCGGAGCUGCUGGGUUGGUUCGAGGUACGGAGGCCGGAGUUUGUUCAGCCACUGAACACCACUGAUGCUUCUGCACCGCUCAAGCCAACCAGUUUGAGCAAUAACAGCGGCUCUCCUUCCAUCUUCAAGAAGCCAUUCCUGCCCAUCUCCUCACCAGUGUCGCCAGGGCCUGCGCCAGUGUCUCUGACUCAGUCUGCCUCCAUGUCUCAUGUAGAGAGAGCUGGGAGAACAUGGACCAAGAAGCCUUUCAGUCGUCCCCUGUCCUCGGCCGUGUCCUUUAGCAUUCCCUUUGGCCUGGACAGCGACGUGGACGUCGUGAUGGGCGGAGCCAUCACCCGCUCGGUCAGCUCUGAUAAUGUGGCCCCCGGCCAGACCAUAACCCGCGUGCCCUACACCCCCCCAGAGGACCUUAGUCACCUGCUCAGCAAGCCCCCCGCCCCCCCCGGCUCCCACAGAGGUUCCUGGGCCACCCAGAGCUCCUCCGUGGUGCCCAUGCUGCUGAAGGAGAAUGGCCUGGGAGAGGGGGAUGGGGAUGGGGAGCUGCCCACCAUCGAGGAGGCCCUGCAGAUCAUACACAACGAGGACAAGAUGGAGCCCCGGCUCCACCCUGACGGGGCGGCCGACGGAUUCUUCCUGCACUCUCCCGACGACCCGGCCAGCACCAGACGCAACGGCCGCGCUGCUCACUCCUCCCACCCGCCUAACCCCAUACCCCUCAGCUGCUCUGCCCCGUCCAGAUCUGGGAUGAUGUACCACCCCCACCUCCCCAUGGGGGGCAAGACGCAGGCACCCAGGGAGCAGGCCUCCUCCACCCCCUUUUCCCGUACCCGACACACCUCGGAGGGCUCGCGGGACGACGACUCGGUGCUGAGGGACGGGAGCGUGGACUCUGACGCCUCUGAGGACCUCCUUCUCCUCCCCAAUGCCCAGUCCACCCCUGCCACGCCUGCUGUCCACACCAGAAGCUGUGGAGGGGGAACGGACGCGCCGGACAGUGGCGUGAGGAUGACCAGCUUCGCUGAGCGCAAGAAGAAACCGUCGACAGUGGGUGUAUCACCUAAUAGCAGCAGCGAACCGGUCGCCCCGGCAGCGACGGCUCCGAUGACCAGCUGGGUGGUCCAGCCCCAGAAGUCGACAGAGGAGAGCCCCAGUAAGAGUCCUGGAUUAACCACCGAGAUGUCCGAGCUGGGAGCCCGGCUGGACGAGAAGAGGAAGGCCAUCGAGGCCCAGAAGAAACGGAUUGAGGCCAUCUUCGCCAAGCACCGCCAGAGACUGGGCAAGAGCGCCUUCCUGCAGCUGAAGAAAGAGCAGGGAGUGGGGGAAAGAGAAGAGGAGGAGGAGGAGGAGGGGGGCCAGGUUAGCACCUCCUCCACAGAGGAGGACCUCAGGGGGCUGACGCUAGAGGAAAGGCUGGCUCGCAUGGAGGACGAGGAGCAGCAGGAGGUGCAGCAGCAGGAGAAACGGCGCCUCUCACUGGAGCAGGAGGGGAAUAUAAAACCUUCAUCACACCUGGACAACAAGCAGGCCUCCUUACCCAGAAGGGAGAAGGGUGCAGGUGCGGCAGGGCCAGGAGGAGAGCAGGUCGGAGUGGUAGCGCGUCAGCCAGCGCCCUUGGGGGACUACAACAAUGCUGUCUCAAAGCUGAACGCGGCGCUAAGCUCCCUGCAGAGCGACAUGCAGCGCCUCUCCGAACAACAGAACCAACUCAUCAGGAAGAAGCCUGCCGCUCCCGCCGGCAACAAGUCCUGGGUGAUCCCGCCCAGUCUCAAAUCCUCGGCCCCUCCCCCGACUCGCAUGUCCCGCGCGUCCACCCCCCGCGACCUCGCCUCCGCCUCAUCUUCCCCCUCGUCGUCCCGCCGCAACGCAGCCAGUCCCGCCAGAACAUCCAAGUCACCCCAGGUCCAGCGCCGGGCUCAGUCGGUGCCUCCCAAGAGCCCCAAGCACCAGGCCACCCACUACCACCACGCCCGCCCCCAGGACCUCAAAGUGCCGGGCCUGUCGCGCGUCCACCCCCCACAGAAUGUGGACACUAUCCCCCACCUGCGCCGCGUCCCCUGGCAGUGCCGGGACCAGAACUCCUCCACCUUCAACAUCAGCUCUGCCCCCAGCCCUGCCUCAACCCCAAUCCCCUCCCCCGCCCCAACCCCCACCCCCGGGCCCUCGCUGGCCCUGGAUGACAACAUGUCGGACGCCGGCUCCAACGAGGACCAGAGCAUCUUCAGCAUGGACCUGGAUACCGCCACAUCUCAGGCCUCGGGGAGAAAGGAGCAAGGGGGUGGUGGGAGUUCGGGGGCGCCCUCCGAGUGCUCGUUUGAGAGUGACGUUCCAGCUGCGGGGGUGUUUAAUGGUAAGCGCAGCAGCCUGAUCGAGAUUUCUCUAUCGGCCUUGUGCGGGGACGAGGAUGACCUGAGUGUCAUGGACGACUCCAUGAGCGACGUGACCGAACCCGAGAUGAAGGGAGGGGUCGGCUUCUUCUUUAAGGAUGAUAAGGUGCGGCCGGAGGACGAGAUGGCCCAGAGGAAAGCAGCCCUGAUGGAGAAACAGCGGAAGAGGGCGGAGGAGAUGAAGAGACGCAGACUGGAGCAGGAGGAGAAGCGAGAGAAAGAGCAUGCGAUCCGACCUGAGUGGUUUAACAUCGAGGGCUGGGGAGACAAGUGUGGUGGCAGUGGUGAGGACCGGCCCCGGACCCCCGGUUCUCCCCCAUCGGAGAGCACGACCCAGCGGAGAGACACCUUCACCAGGCAGGAGUACGAGCGGAGGCAGCAGCUGAAGAUCAUGGAGGAUCUAGACAAGGUGUUGCGGCAGAAGCCCACCACGGUGCGCGGCGUGAAGAAGCAGAGACCCAAGACCAUGUUCCGGGACGACUCGGUGCUUUCCCGCAGCCCCGCCAAGGGGUUCAUGGGCUCCAAACUCAACAAGGUCUAUUCCCACUCUACCAUGAACCUGUCCUCUAUGGCUAACGACACUGGCAACAGCGGGACACUGACCGUCAGGAAAUCUCCCAGCCGAUCUCACUCCCCCUCAAGGCUGAUGUCACCGGGACGAAUAGCCAAUCAGAACGGCGAGAAGGACUGGGAGAAUGCCUCCACAGCCUCGUCUCCCGCCUCCAUCCCAGAGUACACCGGGCCCAAGCUGUACAAGGAGCCCAGCUUCAAGUCCAACAAGUUCAUCAUCCACAACGCCAUCUCCCGCUGCUGCCUUGCUGGCAAGGUCAACGAACCGCAGAAAAACAAGAUCGUAGAGGAGAUGGAGAAAUGCCAGGCAAACCACUUCCUCAUCCUCUUCCGUGACUCCAGCUGUCAGUUCCGGGCCGUCUACACCAUGAACCCAGAGACCGAGGAGAUGGUGCGCCUAACGGGCAUCGGGCCUCGCGUCAUCAGCCCCGCCAUGGUGGAGUCCAUCUACAAGUAUAGUUCGGACCGCAAACAGUUCACCACCAUCCCGUCCAAGACCAUGUCCAUGAGCGUCGAUGCCUUCACCAUCCCUGGGCACCUGUGGCAGAGCAAGCGCCCGGGCACCCCCAAGAAGCUGGGCACCCCCAAAUAAUAACGAGAACAUCUCACUGAUUGAAGAGGUGAUAGGCGGGGGGAGGAAGGAGGUGGACAUAUAUAAAUCAGGGGCCCCUCUUCCCCCAGUCAACCCCCCCACCCCCUCCUCCCCCUUCCUUUCUCUUAUAUUGGUUUGGUCCAGUGUUGGCUAUUGAUUUGGGGACUGCUUUGGUUCAGUAGGCUGGUCAGGUAGACUGCCUGAAGGAUCUGAAAGUAAUACAUUACACUGGUGUCAGACAUGUAUAAACCGCCUGCCCCUUUAAGCCUGUCCAACCAGAUGGUCUCUGCCCCUUUAAGACCAACCUAGGUCGUAUUCACUAGGAGGCAAACGGACCAAAACAGGGAGGGACUACCUGAAUGUGUCCAAUAAGAAACGCUUGUUUUUCGUUGCAAUAUGUUUUGCUACAGUGUGCACCAAUGAAUAUGACCUUCAACAGCUCUGUGUAUGGGGACAUUUGUACAUGUCAUGUGUCAAGGGGGCCAGCUACAGAUAAUCACUACUACUAAAGCCAUUCAUAGGGCCCUGUCUGUCACACACUACACCUCCGUAGGGACCUCUGAUUGCCCCCCACGGCCUGAUAUACCUAGAUUGUAAAAUAAUAAUGUUGUGAUAGGACAAGAAUGAACAGGGCUUCUUCCCACCGUACUAGGCCUCUUAACCCCAGGGCCUGGCUCACCCAGCCUCCUACUGCUUUCCCACUGCCCUCCCCUUGACUAACCCCGUCCACAAGUCAUCCAUUGUGACCUUAAGCACUUGGUGGUGAGCGCGAGAGGGAACAUCUCGCACACACUGCCGCAGCUCUCUGAACAGAACAUGGGGGUCAGACCCGCAAUCUCCCUCUCUUUCUCUCUUUUCUCUUUCUUUAAUCUGACCUUCUUUAAUUCCAGGACUCUUUCUCCCGUCUGCUGCCUCUCCCUGCAGACGGGACAGAAGAACCCACCCUGAAAGAAAUCCGACUUAGCAAACUGCUCUCUCAUGAAUGUAGGGCGCACCCGAACCACUCGGCUCCCCCGGGUGUGUUUUCGUUGGCCAGUCGAGGACUGGGAGGUACUGUAUUGGGCGGGUCCACCGAGGGCUCUAGCACUCUUGGCUGGCUGCCGUGCCUGUCAGUCAGAGCGGUAUGAAGGACUCCGCCCAGCUCCAACGCUACUUCAGCUGUAGACAUCUGGAUGUUUUUUUUUUACACCACUACUUUUGACAUGUUGUGCUGAGUGAAUCGCUUCGGCCUUCGUGAGCAGAAAUGAGAACUAAUUCCCCCCCCCCUUGCUUUAUUUCUUAUUUCAGUACGAGAGGUGGAAUGAAAAUAGCGUUAUACCGUUGUACAUUAUUAUCUUGAUGAAUGAAACUGGAAAAAAAUGAAGGAGGACUUUAUACUCUGUUUAGCAUUACCCAGGAUUCACAUUGUGUGGAGAGAGAAAAAGAAAUGAAAAAAUGAAUGACAAUUUAAUAUAUAUGAAUGCUGUUUAUUGCUAAUUACUUUCAGUUUUGACAAUGAUUUGUACAAACUAGUUGAACUAUGAAUAAGCUAGCCUGCUGCUUUACCAUUAGCGAGGUGUGCGUGUGUCUGAGAGAAGAGCCAGUGAGCGAAUGAGUAGAAAGACUGUCUGACUACAGAGACUUAGUGAACUCUCCACAAUCUGAGAAAUAUACCCAGAAGGACAAAAAUGAACAAGCUGUGUCAUUUGAGACACACACCACACACCACACACACACACGUUACCUGUGAAUGAAAGAUAAUCAGGACUGUAUCAGCCCUAAUUCGGUCCCACUGCAGGGUAUGGUGUGGUACUACAGUAUUUGGGGUUUUGGGUAAACCUCGACCCCAUAGGGUACCAUUUGGAACACAAACCAUGUUUCUGGUCUAACCUGUAGGCCCUAGUGGGUUCUGAUCUCCUCUUGUCUUCAUUUAGCACUCUGGCUGGCAGGCCUACAUCAGCUGAUGAUCAGCUGUCAUCUCUCCUGUCUUGUUUCACAUCACAAACUGCCUCCCAACAACAUCACGUUCCUGUCGUUUUGACUGAGAUUUCCAAUGGAGAUCUGAUAGAUUUUGUUUGGUCUCUCUAAAAAGCUCGACAAUGGGUUUGUAUGUUCAGUGUGUAUGGCAAGGAGUGUGAGAUGAAUGGACGUGUGUGACUGGUGUAAUGUGUAUAUCUGUUUGUAAAGGAGAGUACGUAUGCGAUAGUUGAACUAUAACUGGAUUCUGUGCAAUUCUCCUGUAGACAGUAAGUCAGUCAUGUAACCCCAUGUUGUUUAUUGGGUAAUGAUUAUAAGGAUUUUUUUAUGAUUAUUAUGAUUUUAUUUUUUCCCCAUUUAAAGUGGUGAUUGAUGUUCAUUUCAUAGAAGACAUGUCCUGUAUGUUGUCUUUUUUAUUUAGCUCUGUUGCCACCGUGUCGAUGUGGGCAGAGUGCUUGUGUUCCUCUCGCAAAAUUGUUCAUGAUUGCAGAUCUAUCCCAGGUAACUGGACCAGGCUAAUAAAAUCAUUUUAAAAAUCACCAUUACCCCUUUCAUUUAUGGCAUGCUCAUUCUUAGUGUUUCCGGACCCACCUGUGCUUAAAUUAUUUCUAAAGCAUCUAUCGUAUGGGGGCCUUUAAACUUUUUAAAAAGGUGUUUGUUACGUUGCCUGUCGGUUCCCCGUUUUUAAAGUUUGAGGGAAUUUCUUUCCUUUUCAUAGUCUCUUCUCUCGCUUCGUUUAGAUUUUUAGUUGAAGUCCAUACGGUCAGCCUUGCACUGGAGCUAGCUAAGACUGUUGGCUAAAUGGUAUGUGUGUAACUGAAAGGCGGGCCCUCUAUGGCCCAUGUCAACAAAAAAAGUGGUUGAGUGGUUCUUUUAACGAAACUAAAUAUGCUCAAAUCUGGGUACAAGAUUAAAGGAAUGUGAAUCUUAUUCAGUAAUUACUUUUCUGAAGCCUGCCAAUAGGCAUGCCAGCUAAGAUAGAGUAGCUAGCUUGUCUGACUUGAUUGAUAACCUGAACUAGCUACCAAGAAACCAUUUAUGAGAUUGGGAACCUAUCUGGGCUUGUUAAAGGGCGAGUAGUAUUACAGUGAAGGAACGAAAAAUAAAAUGUACAGGACAAAUCUGAGGGGGGAAGUGACACCUCUGUUUAUUUCAAACAGGUCUAGUGGUAAAGGGAUGACAUGAUUUGUCUGACAGAUAAAACCGAUACACAACAUUGUCUUGUCAAAUGAUAUGCAUAUGUCAUCUGCAUAAUGUGUGUACAGGAGAAGAGGAGAAAGCAUAUAGCAGUGUUUUGGUUCCUACUCCCAUCUGACUGAAUACUGACUAGUUAACUCAGGGUUUCAAACAAAUUAUCAAUUGGAGAUGAGUAUUACUUGGGAGGAAGCACAAAGUAGAUUGUUGUUGUUACUAACCACAGGCCCUGGAUCAAAUGUUGAUGUCUUAUCCCCUUAAUGGUUAUGGUUAGGAUUGGCGUUAGGGUCAUUAGGUCCAGCUUUGGAUAGGAGUAAAUGCAUAGAAAGAAUAUAUAGAACCAGAGUCCCCAUUCAAGUCAAUGAUUCUUCCAUUUUAUUAAUUUUAUGCAGAUAGGUAACUUUUUUUUAAAUUGGGCCCUGCUCUCAGAUCUGUGCUUUGGGACAAUGUCUACCUUUGAGCAAAGAUUACAAUCUUGGUGGACUGAUAACAGGCUCAUUGGCAGUUGAACAUCACCCUGAUGCCCAGGACUUGAUCAGUAUGGAGAAAAUGUUUUGAAAUGCAGUGAAACAGGGAGGUAAUACCUACAUUUUGUUCUGUUUGCGUUCCUUUGCAAAAUGUUUUGCUACGAUGUGCCCUAUUGAACAGACCCCUGGGUUGUGUUCACCAUGCUA